AUGGACAGCUUCACUAUUCUCAUCAUUAUUUCCUAUAUUUUUAUGACGAAUGGACAAUGCCCGACAAGUCAAAUAAUAGAUGCUGCCUAUUUUAGCGCAGAGGUGCCGAGAUUAAGAAAAAUUCUUGGAGGUCAUACAGAUGUGGAUGUAAUUUUCCCCAUGUUCAAAGAAGGCUCCCCAUUUGGAAACGUUGUAAUUUCAUGCCCGUGCGAUUUGGAAUGCCAUGACUUUGAUUCAUUCUUUACAAGGACAUGCAGGUGGCAUAAUGAGAGAAACACGUGCGAUGGCAUCGGCGACCAAUAUGAUUGGAUGCGAAUGCGCGGCGCAUGGGGACCACAAGGCAAAGACGUGUUUCAAAAAAGCGACAAACCCGAUGGUUUCUUUCUUUUCGUUGGCGUCCAACAGAAAAUGCCCGAAACUUAUUCGGCGAUGCUUGUUAGCGAUCCGAUUCAAUGUCAACAAGGCGAUGGAAUCGUCAAGUUUCGGCAUUGGACAUCGCCAGGAGUAAAAAUAAGAGUAUGCGUGAGACCGCCAUCGAUGGGAAAACGAUAUGACUGGUGCAGUGAGACGAUUCGAAGGAAUAACACAAAUAUGGCAAAGGUUGUGAUACCUGGAAGUAUUAUGUAUAUGUUCGAGAUAGUUGUCGAAGCUUACGGCUUUUCCCUGGACGCGUUUGGUGUUCAAGGAGGUGCCGCUGCGAUCGACGACAUUUCCUACAACGCAUCGGCGAUUUAUCAAUGUCAAUUAAUACCCCAUAUACCAAAACCAAUCAACGUCACUGAGAAAGUGUGCCGAGCGAUUUAUUGCGAUUUCGACAUUGGGGAUUGCACGAAGAAGCUUGAUAAAAAAUGGGAAAUUGACGAUGAGCCGGUGGGCUCAAAAAGCACUGGAAUUUUGAAGCCAUUAGAGGGCAGUUUUGGUUACGUAAAAGGCCCAGGAAACGCAAGUUUGAAAUUGGGAGAAUUAAUGAUUCCUAGAACGUAUGGCUUGCAAUUUUGCUAUUUCAUGCCAAGCCUUGGAACUCAGUUUUCAAUCAUUUUACAUCCAAAGGAUAUGGUGGAGAAAAUUAUACUUUUCACGACUGUUGAUGUUCACAGUUUUUCCAGGGAAUGGCAAUGUAAAAAAGUGUAUCUUUCCAUUAAUGGAACGCUCGAAUUUUCGGUUCGCAACUUGCGCAACAAAUAUUCAUACUUUGGUCUUGACCAGAUCGACAUUAUUGAUCCACUAACGAGUUUAAGUGCUUGCGAAGUUUAA